AUGGCUAAGUCUCUCACACUGGGGGAGUUCAGCAAAAUCACACUUCGUUUUGUUUUUGUUACAGUUCCUGAUGACUUGCUCCUGGGACUGAAGUUCAUAUUUGGCCCAUCUGCUGUCCCAGCUUUGGAUUUGGUGGAUCAACGUUCUGUCACUCGAGUUGUGUCCCCUAGCGGAAGGACUGCAUACCAGGUCCUUGGGAGCUCAGGCAAACUGUACACCUGCUAUAGUUCUUGCCACUUCUGCACGUGUCCUGCUUUUGGUUUCACUGUACUGCAGAAGAGCGAGAGCCUUUUGUGCAAACAUAUACUUGCCGUCUACCUCAGCCAGGCCAUGGGAGCAUGCCAGGAACUAACUGUCUCUGAGGAGCAGCUCACGAGCAUCUUACUGGCUGAGGAAGAGGAAGAAGGAUGAAGGAUUUGGAUCACAUGCAGAUGUGCUUUCUGUGUACCCUCCCAGCUGCUCUGAGAUGCAUAACUGGCAUUCCUACUCUCUACAAAGCUGUCAAAUGUUCAUUGUGGCUGGUAGGUUUCUUUCGCUGCUGCAGCCAAGCAUGGCAUUAAAUAGCAGCCUUGCACUGAUGGACUAAUUAAUAAAUGUUAAGAAAGCUCAGCAUGGGCAGAAACUGUAUUGACAUCAGGUUCAUUUAUUUAGGCUAUUCUUGGAUUUUUGAAGAUGUUUGAACUGAUCUGUAGUAUUGGGCACUUGUAAUGUGGAGAUAGGAACAGUCCAGCAGCUCUCUUAGUGAUUCAUUAACACUUGUUAUCUCUGCUCUUACUCUGACAGCAGCCCCAGCCCUUCCACCUCGAGGACUUGCAUGGCUUUGUGGAAUUGGCCUUUAAAAAUUGGUAGAGUGAAGCUGCAGUGGCUUUAUGCAGCUAGCUGCUCAGAGCACUUUCAAGAUUUAUCCCUGGCAAAUGUGUAUCAGGGGAAGGGCUACCUCAGUGCCUCAAGGCUGAUGACAGUUCUGCUUUUCUACAAAGGCCUCAUUGCUGCUGUGCUUACUGUAAUAUGGGGUAUUUGGAAGA